GUCUGGCAUUUCGGCUCGUCUGUUGGGCGCCGCUGGUCAGCUUAUGGCACAGACGAAUACACACCACGGCUCGCGCUCUCACUCGCUCGCUCUCUCUCGGGUUGGGAAAAUGGCUGCCGUACGCCGCGCUCGCAGUGACUCCCGCUGCGUGGUCCGUUUCUCCGACCGAGAACUCUGCUAAACUGUCUUCCCUGCUUGCUAACGCUUGAGAAGGGGAGAAGAAACAAAAGGCCACCCGCGGCCGUCGGUCAGCCGCGAAGGAAAGGCCGGAGGGAACCAGCGGAGGAAGAGGAGGGGGCCGCCUUCGCGUGAAACGGUAAACAGCGCCGCAGCCUGACGAGAGCGGCCGUUGGACGGAACGGCCUAGCAGUAACAGCCUCGGCAUGGCAGAAGGUGAAGAAGAUUGUCACUCUGACAUGGUAAGAACAGAUGACAAUGAAAGGUCUGGAGAAGCAAAUCUUCAGGCAGAGCUCCAGAUGUUCAGAGCAAAGUGGAUGUUUGAACUUACCCCAGGGGUGGGUUCUGCUGGUUUGGAAACUCGACCCUGGAGAGUAUCGGCAAGAGGGCCUUCAAUAAAGGCUGUUGAUGCCAAAGAAAAGCAAGAACUAGCAAAAGAGGAAAAGGCAAGAGAACUGUUCCUGAAGGCAGUAGAACAAGAACAAAAUGGGGCUCUUUAUGAAGCUAUUAAAUUCUACCGCCUGGCCAUGCAACUGGUACCAGACAUUGAGUUUAAGAUUGCUUAUACCCGAUCUCCAGAUGGCGAUGGUGUUGGGAAAAACUACAUUGACGAUAAUGAAGAUGAAAGCAAGAUGGCUGACCUUCUGUCCUACUUUCAGCAGCAAUUCACUCUUCAGGAAUCUUCCAUCAAAUUAUGUCAGCCUGAACUUGAUGUGAAUCAGACCCAUAUCUCAGCGCUGCCUAUGGAGCUGUUGAUGUAUAUUUUUCGAUGGGUGGUUUCCAGUGAUCUGGACCUGCGGUCUUUAGAGCAGUUAUCUUUGGUCUGCAGAGGUUUUUACAUUUGUGCCAGGGACCCUGAAAUCUGGCGUCAGGCCUGUUUGAAGGUUUGGGGCAGAAGUUGUAAUAAAAUGGUUCCGUAUACCUCAUGGAGGGAAAUGUUUUUGGAAAGGCCCAGAGUUCGAUUUGAUGGUGUGUAUAUCAGCAAGACAACAUACAUACGUCAAGGAGAACAGUCUCUAGAUGGCUUCUAUAGAGCAUGGCAUCAAGUGGAAUAUUACAGGUACCUGAGAUUCUUCCCAGAUGGCCAAGUAAUGAUGUUAACAACUCCAGAAGAACCUCAGUCUAUUGUUCCUCGUUUACGAACUAAAAACACAAGAACUGAUGCAAUCCUGCUUGGCCAUUAUCGCCUUUCCCAGGAUACAGACAAUCAAACCAAAGUAUUUGCUGUAAUGACAAAGAAGAAGGAAGAGAAACCAAUUGACUACCACAAGUACAGAUACUUCUGCCGCGUCCCUGUGCAAGAAACUGAUCACAGCUUUCAUGUAGGGCUACAGCUGUGUUCCAGUGGACGCCAAAGAUUCAACAAACUUGUUUGGAUUCAUCACUCUUGUCACAUAACUUACAAGUCUACUGGUGAGACUGCAGUCUCUUCUUUUGACAUUGACAAGAUGUACACCCCUUUGUUCUUUGCACGGGUGAAGAGCUUUACUGCAUUUUCAGAAAAGCCUCUCUAAGGAGUUCACAUCUCUUCUCUUACUCUUGCAUGAAGAAAUUACAGCAAACAACACUUAAGUUAUAAAUGUGUAUAUAUAUUUGAAUUUUAUUUUAAAAUGGGGGAAUCUUUUUGGAAGAAUAUAUACUGGAAAUACAUUUGAUUUAGGGUGGCUGGGGUAUUUUAUUGGUCUGAGUCAAGUUUACAUGUUAUUUUAAACUAUGUUGUGAAAAGACUUUGAUAACAAAGAGGCAUUUUUACUCUGUCGGUUUAUGAGAAGAUUUAUAAGCUGUUCUCUCUCCAGCGUAAGGCUUCAUCUGCCUAUGCACCUUAAGUUCAGGAAACAUUAUAAACCUAUUGCUGUAUAUAAGACAGAUUGCGUGCUUGGGGUGGGGAGGGGAGGCUCAAAAUGUGAAGAAUUUGUCCUACAUCUGUGUGUGGCCUACAGGAACAGAAAAUAAACGUUUACUUCGAAAUUCUUGUAUUUGGGUUGCCUUUCAAAAAGUGAAAGACUUUGGUGUAAUCUGCAGCCUUAUGAAAAAUUAAGCAAGGGCAAACAAACUUGAAGAUGUUGGAAGUCCAGCCUCUGAUACCAUACUUCAUUUGGGAAGGAUCAUCAAAAAGGAUGGAAGAUAAGAGUGCCAAGAGAAGGCCAGCUACAUCGGGGAAGUGGCUGCCUUUCUCUGCUUGUUGAAUCUGGGAAAGGACUUCUGGACUGAGACAGCAACUCUCCAGGGAUGGUGUCAAAAGGAAUAUUUCAUGCUGCAACACUACAGACCACUGCACUUGAAUGUGUGUUGUUUGAAUUGAGUUAUGCAAAUGAGAAUAGGGCUGUACUCAAGUAUGUUCGUCUUUUGUUUAUCUAAUUUCCCCUAACUAAGAAUGCUGCAAACCCUUGGGUGUUUUGUCACAUGAAACUAACUUUUGCUUUCUGGGACUCCUACAGAUGUUCAGGUACCAUGUGCUGCUUCUCCUGCAUAUGUACUUUGGGAGCUGGAUGCAAGUGCUGUAUGAUGCUUAUCAUAACUAUGUACUUUUCAGUCAUAAAAUUAAAAAUUUCUAAAUGUUUUUCUUC